UGGCCAAUUUCGCGUUUGGGGAUAAAUAUUAAAUCGUAAGUCUAUUUGACAUUGAUUGUUUGUCAUAUGCGGGUUGACAUCCAUGUCUUGAUGCUGCAGUCAGGUGUUGAUGAAUGAGCGGUGUGAGCAACGUUUAACAUCUUUACCUUGCUUGCUGAUGGCUAAACGGCUAACGGUAGCUAGAUCGCGAAUUCAAAUCACGUUUGAAUUAAAUUCAAACGCAUAACGCGUCAUUUACCCUCGCACUGCACGUUCGAAUCGAACGCGGUUUAAAAUGGCGAGACGAGCUUGGCGUGCUUGCGUCUGAAUGCCAUUUAGACAGCACUUCAGGUAGAAACACAUCUGUAUGUGAUCACAUUGCAGGCAGGGCAGAUGUGGAUUCACGUUCAGUCCAUCCCAAUCACUUCUCAUCUGGUUUGCGUGCUUGCAAAGAUCGUAUAAUCAUCAGCGUUUAUCUGCGAUGGUGUAACUUAGCUCGUACGUUAGAGCUGUUCCUCAGGAGUGCAUGCGUGUAACAAAUCUGCAGAAGAUGACAAAUCUGACAUUAAACAUAAAACAUUGAUGCAUCCUUCAGACAUGUUGCUGAGUAGGUGUCUGAACUCAUUGGCCCAUCGGUACAGUUAAAUUAAAGCAGUGCACGCGCAAUUCCUGGGACUGCGGGGUGACACUCGUUGGACCCGAGGAGCUUUUCGUCACAUAAACUAAUUUCUGUAAAUGAACGGUGUCAUGGCACCGCACCAACAGGCAUUUUAAUGGCGGGACAGCAGCAGCAAGGAAAACGAGGCAAAGGUUCCCAGAUGAAGAGCCCAGAGAAAAAGAAGAGGAAGUCCAACUCUCAGGGGGCGGCAUUCUCCCACCUCUCUGAGUUUGCACCCCCUCCUACGCCGAUGGUUGACCACCUGGUGGCCUCUAAUCCUUUUGAUGAUGACUUUGGUCCGCCAUCGCGUUCUGCUGGAGGUGGUGGUCCAGGUGGUGCCACCUUUCUGCCCAGCCCAGGGGCUGGUGGAGGUGGCUAUGGAGGGCCGGGUCGAAUGGGGGGAGGUAUGGGAUUCAUGGGUGGCCCAGGAGGACCUGGAAGUGGACAGCCUGGCCGACGACCCCCUUUUGGUCCACCAACACCGAACACUGGACCACACCACCCACUUGGAUUUGGGGGCAUGCCAGGCUUUGGAGGUGGAGGAGGGGGAGGAGGAGGAGGUGGAGGAGGAUUUCCACCAGGAGGCCCAUCCCAGUUUAAUAUGCCACCCAACUUUAGCCCUCCAAUGCAUCCAGGACAGGGAUUUAACCCAAUGUUGUCGCCGGGAGCAAUGGGUGGUGGUCCAGGAGGCGGAGGAGGUCCACCACAUCCAAGGUUUGGUAUGCCUCAGCAACAGCCUCCACAUGGACAAGGUGGCCAUCCCUUCAACAGCCCUCCCUUACCUGGCGGCCCUGGCCCCCGUGGGCCUCCACAUGGCCCCAUGAACCCUAUGGGGGGAAUGGGAGGAGGAAUGAACAUGAUGGGCAUGGGUGGUGGAGGUGGUGGGGGUAAUAUGGUGGGUGGACACCCAGGUAUGCCUCCGCAAGGACAGUUUCCUCCUCCACAAGAUGGCCCCUACCCUGGAUCAAGUCCUCCUGUUGGUGAAGAGGGAAAGAACUUUGGUGGUCCAGGUGGUGGUCCACCUGUUCCCUCUCAGCAGCAACCACCUAACCUUAACCCCUCUGGUCCUCCAUCAAAUAAUGCCACCCCUGGUCCAUCCCCUGCCCCUGGACACCCACAGCCUGGAGGAGGCUUCCCUCAAGAUGUCCCACAACCCAAUCCCAACACCCCAGGACAACCCCAGUCGGUUCCUCAACCCCCUAAUCCUAAUUCAUCCCCCACAGGUCCGCUGAAUGGUCCCCAGCCUCAAGCGCCAAACAAUCAGCAUCCUCCACCCAACUCCACCGGUGGCCCUGGACCCAACACCCCAUCAAACCAGCAACAACCGACACCACCCAACUCUGCUCCAGGUUCCACACCUUACAGUCAGCAGAAUAACACUCCUGGUGGUCCAAUGCCAAACCAGCCACCCAACUCCAACCAGAACAACCUUAACAACAACAGCAGUGGCAGCAACACCCCGGGUAGCAACCCCAAUCCUCCAUCCAACUCUAACUCUACUCCCAACACUCAAUCUCCGCUUCCCAGUGGACCCGCUCCACCAUCUUCUGGCCCAGGCUCUGGCCCCCCAAAGCUAGGUGGGGGCAUGGUGUUUCCUUGCGGCCUCUGCAUGUCAGAAGUGCACGAUGAUCAAGAGGCCAUCUUGUGUGAGGCCUCUUGCCAACGAUGGUUUCAUCGAGACUGCACAGGCCUAACUGAGCCAGCGUAUGGGCUGCUAACCAGGGAGAGUGCCGCAGUGUGGGCAUGUGACUUUUGCCUCAAGACUAAAGAGAUUCAAGCGGUUUAUGUACGCCAGGGAUUGGGACAGCUUGUGGCUGCGAAUGAUGGCUGAGACAGGGAGGAAGAUGGGUGAUGAGCGAUGUUUUAUGAAUUUUUUUUGGUGCUUCAUGUCUUGUGUUUUGCGGUGAGGAAGUGAAAUUGAAUUGAAGAAUAAACCUGAGAACCAGAGGAGAGCGAGACGUAUGGAUUAAAGUGAACUUCUUAUUCUGAAGCUACUUCUUGCAUUUGUUUCUUCACAGUCCUUAUAAGCACUUUUAUGGCCCAUGUCUCUGAAUGAAACUCAUUAUAUCAGACAUUGGAAAUGUUUGUAUAUAGAAUAUCACGACACAUUUUCAAGAUUCAGCUGUUUAUGAUUGUUGCACUCAUAAUUCUUCAUUUUGCCUUGGUGACAAAUUUGGAAAAGCAGCUUAAUUCUGGCCAGAGCAAAAAUAAAUCAAAAUUCGAAACGUGUAUACAAGAAUUAAACUCUUCUGAGAUCAGCAUCCAAUAAGCUGUCCAAUUUUUAUUUAAUUUUUCAAAAUCCAACUUCUUGAUCUGCAAAGCACUGAUGCCAACUUGCUACCUCAAAAAUUCGACAUGUCUGGCUAAGAUUGCUUUUUAAGGCAAGAGUGUAUAGUCACCACACAACCUCUCCUCUCCUCUCAGCGCUCUCCAUUUCAGUAUAUCCAAAGGAAACUGGCAGUGUCCUGAAAAGGCAUAUAAGACAUGUAGAUAAUCAAUAUUUCACUGUGUCCAUCGUUGAAUACAUUGGUGAUCUGACAGAAUUUCUGCGAUUCAUUGUCAGCACUCUCGAUUGUUUCUCUUCAUGUACAGCUACUCACUGUUUUGACACACAAGUGGACAAUAUGUAUGUGGUCUUUGGAUUGCAUGUUAACCAAUGCAGUACUGUGUCAGAACUGUUUAUAAACGUUACUUUUACUGUUCCAGUUAGGCCUCAUCCUGGGCUAUGAAGUAGACCAAAUAACAGAACGAACUCAAAUGUUGUCGCAGAGUAAGAUGUUUGCAGUUUCUUUUUUUUUAUUUCUACGAUUCUGUCCAUCUUGCCUUUUUCUUAUAUUUGAACUCUUAUGUACCUGUGUGUAUGCUGUUCAAUGUGCUUGCUCUGGUGCCCUCCAUUCGCCAGCGUUGUGCAGUAAUAUGGGGAGUGUUCUGGGCUCUGGCUCUGUACUGAAAGAAGUAAACUGAAUUGUUUUUUUACAAGUCUUUUUUUGUGACCAAUUUAUUGUAUUAAAUAUGGGUUGAAACCCCUAUAAACCAAGUCAUAAAGUUAAAGAUACCUGUUUCCUUU